ACCACGCUGCAGACCGAUGAGGUGAAAAAUGUUCCUUGUGGCACCAGUGGAGGAGUGAUGAUUUAUUUUGACAGAAUUGAAGUGGUGAAUUUCCUCAUCCAGAGUGCAGUAUACGACAUCGUGAAGAACUACACCGCCGAUUAUGACAAAGCUCUCAUCUUCAACAAGAUCCACCAUGAGCUGAACCAGUUCUGCAGUGUCCACACGCUGCAGGAGGUCUACAUUGAGCUGUUCGAUCAGAUUGAUGAAAACCUUAAACUGGCCUUGCAGCAAGACCUGACUACAAUGGCCCCUGGAUUAAUUAUACAGGCAGUUCGAGUUACAAAGCCAAACAUCCCUGAAACAAUCCGGAGGAAUUAUGAGCUCAUGGAGAGUGAGAAGACAAAGCUGCUGAUUGCAGCACAGAAGCAGAAGGUGGUGGAGAAGGAAGCGGAGACAGAAAGGAAGAAAGCCCUCAUCGAGGCAGAAAAAAUUGCACAAGUUGCUGAAAUAACUUACGGACAGAAAGUGAUGGAAAAGGAAACAGAGAAGCGAAUUUCAGAGAUUGAAGAUGCUGCAUUUCUUGCAAGAGAGAAGGCAAGAGCUGAUGCUGAAUGCUACACGGCCAUGAAAGUAGCCGAGGCUAACAAGCUGAAGUUAACUCCGGAGUACUUGCAGCUGAUGAAAUACAAGGCUAUUGCAGCAAACAGCAAGAUAUAUUUUGGCAAAGAUAUUCCCAACAUGUUCAUGGACUAUGCGGGAAGCCAGACCAAAUUUGCAGAGGGACUGGUAGAAGGAAUCCAAGAAGAGGAUGGGACAGGAACCACUGAGGACACAAAACUACUUCAUAACGUCAACUGAAAGGAAAGAUUUCUAUUUGUUUUGUAUCAAAGGAAAGAUGAACUGGGAAGUUCCUUUUUGUUUUUUCCCCUUUCCUCUCCUGAAAGAGAUGAAUCAGACUAAAGCCUUUCAAUCUUUUGUAUGACAAUUAGACACAAAGACUCUGGUAUUUAUGGGGUGUUUUUUUCUGGUGGCUUCUAAGCAGCCAGCUCCAGGUAUGUCCUUCUGGAUGCACCUCUCCUUCCUGGACAUACAGACCAAAUUAUUCUGGAGAGGCUACCUAGACUGUUCUGCAGCCAGCUUAGAU